AUGAGCAUUUACAAGUAUUUUUGGUCAAGAAGUAUCAGCCUUUUAGAAUGUUUGCCUGUUUGUUUUCGAGUCUUUCAUGAUGUUCCAAAACUUUGUAUUUCAGGACCAGCACCAGAGCCAUCUGUAGAACAUCUGGAAGAAGACCAACAAGAAGAUGAAAUUGAAGAAGAAGAAAUGACUGCUAUAGAGUGCUCUGAGCAGGAGUUCAACUUUAAAGAAUUCCUGGCAAAGUUUGGUAAACCAGAAAUCCUCAAAUCCUAUGUCCUGUUACUGGCAGACUUUCAGAAGAACUCGGUCCAUACUAACCACUGUGUUGUUAAGAUGCUUCACCGACUGAGUGUAGAGCUCGGCUUCGUGGGAAUGAUGUUCCAGGCCUCCCUGUUCAGAGUGUUUCAAAAAAUUUUGUUGUCUCCCCUGGCCAAAACAGAGAGAUACAAAGAAAUAGGCAAGUUUGCUACCUUUGUAAUCCGACGCUUUGUUGAGGUUGCUGAGAAAAACAAGAAAGUGUUCAUGGAAAUGCUGUUUUGGAAGGGACACAGGGAGGCCUCAGAGAUUGUGGAUGGUUAUGGGUCUUAUCAGGGAAAAGUGAAGCAAGUUUGGACUGAGGAUCAGGAAAUUGAAUUACGACGACUGUUUGAAGAACAUAGUGCUACCGAGGAAGGGGAUGUGCUUGACAACAUUAUGAGGGACAUGAGUGACCAGUCCAAGACAAGAGGUCAGAUCAUAAGGGAGCUGAAGAAACAGGGACUAAUAGAGAGUGCUAAAGACCUCAAACGUCAGACAGGCCCUAAAAGAGUUGUAGGUUGGAACGAGGAACAAGAAUUUGAACUGAGAAAUUUGUUUGACAGAUUCAGGGACACUGAUGAUCCAGUAGAAAACAUUAUAUCCAACAUGACAGAGAAAAGAAGCAAGUCCAAGGUUGUAGAGAAGCUAUUAUCUCUUGAACUAGUGUCAGACAGGAAGGAGUUGUAUAAAAGAAGGAAACGGAAAACAAAAUCCAAGAAUCCCUGGGACGCUGGAGAGGAGGACAUGCCUAUUGUUGAUGAUUGGAGCGAUGAGAGUGGAGACGAGGGGCCUAGACAAAGGGACUCCAGUGACGAGUCAUCUGCCCUUUCUACAUCUUCUUCUGAGGAUGAAGACAGUGAUGUAGAGGAAGAGAGGAAUGAAGAAGAAAAGAGUUCAGGUUCUGGUGAAUUCAACAUGACCACAGUUAUCACUGAACUCAUAGAAAAAGGGUACAAGGACCAAAUUCUGUGGAUUCAAAAGUGUAUAAAAAGAAAAGCUGACGAUAAAGAGAAGAAAGACAGUACAGUUGCGGUAGCCAUUGUCCCACUGACGGAGGAAAAUGAGACAGCAAUGGAAGACGAGAUGUUCUUGUCAUUUCUCCGCCAGAUAGGAAUCUCAGCGCCAUCUAGUGAACAAGAAGCUUUCUGGAGAAUCCCUGGAGAGAUGCCCCUAGCAGAGCUAAGAGAUAUAGAGGCAGGGUUAAUGCUAGAUGAGGAUGGUAAACCUACAGAAGCAGAAAGAAUUAAAGUCAGACAGACAAAAACAGCAGCCAAACCAGGGAAGAGACCAAAGAAGAAGAAAGAAAAGAAACCAAAAAAGAAGAAUGAUAAGUUUGAGAAUUUGCUGAAGCAGAUGGCAGAGAAGAGGAAACAGGACAAAGAGGAAGGUCGACUCGGAAGGAGAGAACGAAAAAGGGCCUCUCCGCCUUCCACCAGUGCAAUCUCAUCAGAGGGACCAACCACUUCAGUAACAAGCCCAGUAAGGGAUGAGAUGUUAGCACCACCUAGAUCAACAGAGAAAAGGGGAGUUUACUCCUCCAACAAGAAAAGGAGAAUUAAGAGGCUUUUGGACUCUGACAGUGAAAAAAGUGAAGAUGAGGAGAAGGAGAAUCAGAGUCCUGUCAGCUCCCCACAGAGAGAGGGGCCACAGGAGGGUCCUCAGACACAGCCUCUACAGUUUGACAGCAGUGAUGAUGACAAUGUCCCCUUGGUGGCCUCAGUGAAGAGGACCAGAACUUCUGACUCGGAUACCAACCCUGACAGCAAGAAGAGGAAGCUGAUGAUUGCUUCAGAUGACGAUGAAUCAGCUGAUGAAAAGAUGGAAGAUGGUGAGGGUAAGAAAAAUUCACCAACGAAGCCCAAACUGUCAUUUGAUUCUGAUGAUGAUGAUUCUCAGCCUGGACCGUUAAACAGUACGGGAUCUAAAACAGACUCUAGACGUCUUAUAAUGUCAGACAGUGAAGAGGAGGAAACAGAGCAACCCCCCAAACAGUCAGCCUCUUUCCCUGCCACAUUACUGACACAGCCUCUGGAUGACUCAGAUUCUGAUCUCGACGAUCACGUGCCACUACGACAAGUUCUCCGGAAGAAAAAUGUCAUCUCCAGCGAUGAGGAGGGCUGAUAUGUUUUCUCUGCAUAGAACUGCUAGCUCACAUGUAUUUUCUUUGAAUAUAACUGCCAGCCUAUAAACUAUGUUAUACCUAUUUUAUAUCAGAUCCUCAGGAUAGCAGUGAAAACACCAUGAGAAGUGUUUUGACAAUUUAUUGAGCUUAUACACUGGAAUGGAUAUUUUAUAUCAUGUACAAAUACAAAUUUAAAGUGCAUGUUUAAUUUAUAUUGCUUUAUGUUUGAAACGGAAAAGUGGUUUCAAUAAACAAACAGUAAUUGGGAUUCAUUCCUUGUCUUUGUCGAUGAAUAUAACAGGAACUUAAUUGACAGCACGUCUUGUUUGAUCUGAUGAUCCACACCUGUCAACUCGACAUGAUACGACCCAUUAGAUCAAGUUACUGUUGUAAAGAUAAAUUUAUUUUAUACACUCUUUAGGGCAUUACAACCAGAAAAAUAUAGUUUUAAAAAACUAAACUUUUGAGAUCAAUUUUAUAUCAUUUUUCACUAACAAAAGCAGUUUGUCAGGGAACUCUUUGAUUCAAAAGAAAGAUAAUGUCAUGUUUCUUUGAACUAUGUCAUCAUUUUCAGAGAGGAGUGAUAUGGAUUCAAAAUACCACAGUGUGGUGACCUGGAAAGUCUGACUACUCUGUCA